AUGGUCGAUCAUCUUGGAACAGAUAUGCGCAGGCAAAAGGACAAUGAACCUACUGAAGAGAAAGAUUUUAAAGCAUUGGAUGAAACUGAUAUCCAGGUGUUAACACGUUAUGGAUGUGGUCCUUACACAGCAGAAUUGAAAAAAUUGGAAAAAGAUAUUGAAGAAAGUGUUAAAAAUGUAAAUGAACUUUGCGGAAUUAAAGAAUCUGACACAGGGUUAGCUCCACCAGCAUUAUGGGACUUUGCAGCUGAUAAACAAGCUAUGCAACAGGAGCAACCUCUUCAAGUUGCCAGAUGUACUAAAAUUAUCACACAAGAAGGUCAAGAUUCACGAUAUGUAAUUAAUGUUAAACAAUUUGCAAAGUUUGUUGUUGAUUUGGCUGAUCAAGUUCCUCCAACUGAUAUUGAAGAAGGUAUGAGAGUUGGUGUUGAUAGAAAUAAAUAUCAGAUUCAUUUACCACUUCCUGCUAAAAUUGAUCCUAGUGUUACAAUGAUGCAAGUUGAAGAAAAACCUGACAUUACAUAUGCUGAUAUUGGUGGAUGUAAACCACAAAUUGAAAAAUUAAGAGAAGUUGUUGAGACACCAUUAUUACAUCCAGAAAGAUAUGUUAACCUUGGUAUAGAACCUCCAAAAGGUGUUUUGUUAUAUGGACCACCAGGUACAGGUAAAACAUUAUGUGCUAGAGCUGUUGCUAACCGUACUGAUGCUUGUUUUAUUAGAGUUAUUGGUUCUGAACUUGUACAAAAAUAUGUUGGUGAAGGGGCACGUAUGGUUCGAGAACUUUUUGAGAUGGCUCGUACUAAAAAAGCUUGUAUAAUCUUUUUCGAUGAAAUAGAUGCUGUUGGAGGGGCACGUUUUGAUGAUGGACAAGGUGGUGACAAUGAAGUGCAGAGAACUAUGCUUGAACUUAUUAAUCAAUUAGAUGGUUUUGAUCCUCGUGGUAACAUUAAAGUACUUAUGGCAACAAAUAGGCCAGAUACUCUUGAUCCUGCUCUUGUUAGACCUGGACGUCUUGAUCGUAAAGUUGAAUUUGGUUUACCUGAUCUUGAAGGUCGCACUGAAAUAUUUAAAAUUCAUGCAACAAAGAUGAGCGUUGCAAGAGACAUAAGAUAUGAUCUUCUUGCUAGAUUAUGUCCUAAUGCUACAGGAGCUGAGUUAAGAUCUGUUUGUACCGAGGCAGGUAUGUUUGCUAUCAGAUCAAGAAGAAAAAUGGCUACAGAGAAAGAUUUCCUUGAUGCAAUUCAAAAAGUUAUUAAAGGAUAUGCUAAAUUUAGUUCGUCUCCUAGAUAUUUAACACACAAUUAA